AUGGAGGACUAUGAUGACGAGGACGACCGCCGCUCCAUCAGCUCCGGCAUCAGUUCGCUUCCCGACCGCGUGUUCAGCCCCGAGGUCAGCUACGCCCAAUCGCCCUUUGCCGCCUCGCAGCUUCUGAGGAGCCACGCCGCCAACGAGUCGCUGUCAGCAAUCGACGAGACCGACGUGCCCCGAUACUGGAACCGCGACCCCGAUCGACCCUUCACGCCCGAAGGUGUCAGCGAGGCUGGAUCAGACACCGAGGAGGACGGCUUAUGGACCGGUGCGCGGCCAAGUACAGCUGCGCCCUUCCGAAGACAAGACGACGAGGCCUCUGACGACCACCACAACCAGGUCGUACCACACGGCACGCCGCCGAACCUCGGAAACGAGGGUGACCGGCGUGACUUCCCGACCACGCCCCAUCACUUCUUCCCACGGACUGAGACGAUGGACUCUGAAACGGAUCCGCGUUACUUUGCCCUCAUGGACAGUACGAAUGGGCGACCAGGCAUCCGCUCCCGCCUAAGCUCGGCCAACAGCGUGCUCGGCAUCAAUGCCUUACUCGACUCGGACAGGAAGGACGGGCUGUGGCGUGCCCGCUCGCAGUCGUUUGUGACGCCGCCAGAAUUUCUGUGCGGCCCGUCGCUCGCGCACUUCAACACGAUGCUGCAGCAGGCGAUCGAGACGGCCGACCUGUCCACACCAGCACAGUGGCACAGAGUGCUUGGCAGACUGCUGCUCCGCGUGUCGACCAAUGUUCGCCCCGUCCUUCGCGCUGGCGACUCGAUCGACGUGCGCGCCUACAUCAAGAUCAAGAAGGUGCCCGGCGGCAAGAUCAGCGACUCGGAAUACGUCGACGGAAUUGUCAUCACGAAAAACGUCGCACACAAGGGAAUGUCUAGGCGCUUGGUCAAUCCUCGCAUCAUGGUCGUCACCUUCCCUCUCGACUAUCACCGUGUCGAGACCCAGUUCAUGUCCCUGGACCCCAUCAUGAAGCAGGAGCGCGACUACCUCCGCCUCCUCACGAAGCGUAUCAUUGACCUCCGACCACACAUCGUGCUUGCUGAGCGGUUCGUCUCCCGCAUCGCGCUCGACUAUCUCUAUCAGGCGAACAUUGUUGUGGCUCGUGGCGUCAAGUACUCCGCCGUGCACCAGGUCGCGCGCUGCACGCACGCCGACAUUAUCGCGUCAAUGGACCGCCUGGCGCUCGAGCCGCGUCUCGGACGUUGUGCCGAGUUCCGUGUCCAGACGUUUGAAAACGAGGCGAUCCCCGGCCGGCGCAAGACCUACAUGCGCUUCGAAGGCACGCACAACGGAUUCGGCGGCACGAUCAUCCUGCGCGGCGGCGAGCUGGCCACGCUUAGGAAAGUCAAGGUCAUUGCCGACUUCAUGUCUCUCGUAGCAUACCACCUUAAGAACGAGACGUUCCUCUACGGCGACGAGUUCCACAUGCUCCCGCCGCACCCCCCCAUGCCGCAAAAGUACCAGGAGCUCCUGGCGAUGCUGGCCGAGGACGAGGUGCCCAGCAAGAUCUACGGCCGACCGGUCAACAGCACGUCGAACGAGGAGGACAGCGACGAGCUCACGCCCCGCGCCCUCCCUGAGCGCGACGAGGAGCGCGCAGACGCCCUCCGCCUCACAAAGGACAUUGCCGAGUCCCUCCGCCCAUACCUCGUCACGGUCCUCAGCGCGUCGGUCGCUGUCCGCUUCCCGCCCCCGCGCCCCCUGGCCAAGAUGGCCGACCUCGAUCGCCAGCUGAACCACCUCUUGCUCCAGAAGGAUGAGAAGGAGGCGCAGCAGAUCCUGCAGGAGGAGCUUAGGAUCCCCUUUGGCCGCUUCGAGGCGAUCGAGGAUGAGAAGGAUAAGGCACAGGAAAAGGAGAAGCCUCAGGAGAAGGGCAAGGAGGACGAGAAGGAGUCCAAGGAGGACAAGGACAAGUCGAACGAUGAGGAGAAACAGCCCGAGGCGGACGCGACUCCGAAGAAAGCGCCCGAGAAGCCCGCCUUGGGCGAGCCCAUCAUCGAGGAGAUCGGCAGCGAUACUGACACCGAGGACGAGAAGGUUCUCUCUAGCAACAAUGAGACUCCUCGUGCCGAUGACACGCCUCGAGCGGAGAGGACCGAGUUCAAGCCUCUCACCCCCGUCGCGAUGGACUCGAGCCCCGAGUCCUCGACGUCUAGCAAGCGCAGCUCGCAGCUCGGCCCUGCGCCUAGCACUGCCGCCCCUUCCGCUAGCACCGCUCCCACGUCCAUUCCUCCUUCCUCAUCUGUGCCGAGCACCUCCACUCCGAGCCAGAUUCUCCCAACGCCCGCGAGCAAGGGUGACCCGUAUCGCGUCCUCCUGAACCCGGCCGACUUUGAGGACGCCACCAAGCUCGCAUUUGUCGAGUACGAGCACGCCGAGCAGCUCAAGGUCUGGGAACACUAUGUACGCAAGCACGACGAGCCGCUCGACCCGCAAAACUACCAGGGCAUCAUCUACACGCAGGCACUGUUCCGACAGGGGCAAGACAAACCGUGCACCGAGUUUGCGCGGCAGCAGAUCAACUAUUACCAGGACGAUGACCAGUCUCUCGGCCAGUUCCUGGACGGCAUGGUCAAUAACGCUGGCUUGAGGUGUCCCGGCAAGAACUGCGAGCAGUUGAUGCUGUUCCACUAUGACGUGCUCGUGCACGGUGAGCGCCGGUUGCAGAUCGUCAUGGAGCAGUUCAUGUGCCCCUUAGUCGGGCACGAGGAGCAGAUUCUCACCUGGUCCUACUGCAGGCAGUGCAACAAGAGCUGGGAGCCGCAGGUCAUGCGCGACGAGACUAGCCGCAUCUCCUGGGGUACCUACCUUGAGCACUGCUUCUACCCGCCACAGACCAACACAGGCUUCGGGUGCACGCAUGACGCCUACCGCGAGCACAUCCGUUACUUUGCGCACCGCAAUAUGGUCAUCCGCAUCCACAACGACGAGAUUGAGCUUUUCGAGCCGGUCCGCCCGCCAACAAAACUCCUCGUCCGCGUCGAGGACAAGGUCCGCAUCAAGAAUCAGGAAUACGAGAGCGCACUCCAGCGCACGGCGGCGUUCUUCGACUCGGUCCUCUUCCGCCUCAGGAGCUUUAGCGAGGAACUCGUGCAUCCUGAAAAACUCAGUAGCAUGCGCGUCGAGCGCGACGCCCUCCUCGCCCGUGCUGUCGCCGACCGCGACGAAAUGGUCAACAGCCUCAACCGCACCUACAAGCAGACGCCGCCGACGGACGUGCUUGCCAUUAACGUCGUGCUGCAGACGCUGCAGGAGAAGGUCAUCCAAUGGGAGUGA